AUCUGUUACAAAAGAAGCCCAUUUAUAUGCAUCUCGUCACCACCACUUGAACCAAUCUCCGAUCUGAAUGAGCGGCAGCGAGGGAAGCUCGGGACAUUCCGCCGGAGAUCCGCCACCUCCGGCCGCCGUGAAGAAGAAGGACAAGGCGAAAGUCAGCCGGACGUCGUUAAUCCUGUGGCACGCGCACCAGAAUGAUCCAGCGGCGGUGCGAAAACUGCUGGAGGAAGAUCGCUCGCUCGUUCAAGCUAGAGAUUACGAUAAUCGAACUCCGCUUCAUGUUGCGUCACUUCACGGUUGGAUCGAAGUCGCUAAAUGCUUGAUUGAGUACGGUGCUGAUGUUAACGCGCAGGAUCGGUGGAAAAAUACGCCUCUAGCUGAUGCAGAAGGAGCUAGAAAACAUAAUAUGAUUGAGUUACUAAAGUCGUAUGGUGGCCUGUCAUAUGGACAAAAUGGAAGCCAUUUUGAACCAAGACCCGUGCCACCACCCCUUUCAAAUAAGUGCGACUGGGAAAUUGACCCGCAAGAGCUGGAUUUCACAAACUCCCACUUAAUAGGCAAGGGAUCAUUUGGUGAGAUUGUAAAAGCAUGUUGGCGUGGAACACCUGUAGCUGUCAAACGUAUACUUCCAAGUCUAUCAGAUGACAAAUUAGUGAUUCAGGACUUCAGGCAUGAGGUGAAUUUGCUGGUCAAACUUCGCCACCCUAAUAUAGUGCAGUUUCUUGGAGCUGUAACCGAAAAGAAACCGUUAAUGCUGAUAACUGAGUAUCUGCGAGGGGGUGAUCUUCAUCAGUGCCUAAAGGGAAAGGGUGCACUAAGCCCAGCAACAGCUGUAAACUUCGCUUUAGACAUGGCCAGAGGCAUGGCUUAUCUUCACAAUGAGCCUAAUGUCAUCAUUCAUAGGGACCUAAAACCAAGGAAUGUUCUUUUAGUCAAUUCAAAUGCAGAUCAUUUAAAAGUCGGAGACUUUGGACUUAGCAAGCUUAUUAGGGUUCAAAAUUCUCACGAUAUUUACAAGAUGACCGGCGAGACUGGCAGCUAUCGUUACAUGGCUCCUGAAGUCUUCAAGCACCGUAAAUACGACAAAAAGGUUGACGUGUUCUCAUUUGCAAUGAUAUUAUAUGAGAUGCUUGAAGGUGAGCCACCAUUAUCGAAUCUUGAAGCUUAUGAAGCAGCAAAAUAUGUGGCAGAAGGACACAGGCCUAUAUUUAAGUCAAAAGGUUACACUCCUGAACUGAAAGAAUUGACGGAGAACUGCUGGGCGGCGGAUAUGAACAAGAGACCGUCGUUUUUGGAUAUCUUAAAAAGGCUUGAAAAAAUCAAGGAAACAAUACAACCAGAUCAUCAUUGGCAUAUUUUUACAUGACCAACAAACACAUCAUCCUUUUAUGAACAUAUUCAAGUCCAAAUUCUGACUUUGAUAAAGAUGAAUGCAGUUUUAGAAAAAUGACUUUGAUUAAGGAAUUUCAAGAAAUCUUGAUUCGAAUAAUGAAAUCUUACGGUUAGUUGUAGCUUGGAAGCACAUUUUCUUGCCUGCUUUUUAUAAUUCUUUUUUGUACAUGCUAUAUUGAUCAAGUUUCUUUAAUCUUUGAAAGAUAUUGCUGCUAAUGUGAUAAA